GCCUGUUCCACGAUUUUUAUCUCCCACAACGCAUAACUUACCAUAAUUCUUAUCGUAAAAUUAUGCGGUCACGUGAUGGCCGAUAAGAGACCGUCACAAAUCGCAGACUCUCUCUCUCUCUCUCUCUGUAAACAAUGAACAUGUCAAAUAUAUGGACAAGAAGGCCAGGUCCUAAUAACGAUUGUUAAUGUUACUCCAGGAACCACUUGAUUUGUAACCUCCGCUUUAACCUCCGAAACCAUGUUGCGACAGUUCAGGCCCAAUCUACAGCCGGCCAGCUUUGUAAGAAGUUAUGGUGGAGGGACGAGCCGCGGUCCACAGUCUCGCUUGCCAUCUUUAUAUAAAUGCCGACGGGCCCGCAUGAGGGGUGACAACUCCCGCCACCAAGCAUCUUUAUUCACUGCUAGCUACAACCCUAUUACUGCUUUAUAUCCUACAAAUACCCAAUCGCAUAUACAUAGUCGUAAAAGAAACAUAUCAAACAUGGCGUCAGCUACCUCCGUCUUCGACUUCAAGCCGCUCAACAAGAAGGGCGAACCCACACCCCUCUCUGCCUACGCCGGCAAAGUCCUCCUCAUCGUCAACACCGCCUCCAAGUGCGGCUUCACCCCCCAAUACGGCGGCCUCGAAGCCCUCUACCAGAAGAUCGAAGCGUCGCACCCCGGCGAGUUCGUCGUCCUCGGCUUCCCCUGCAACCAAUUCGGCGGCCAGGAGCCCGCAGCCGACGACAAGAUCCAGGAGUUCUGCCAGAUCAACUACGGCGUUACAUUCCCUAUCUUCGGAAAGACUGAGGUCAAUGGCGAUAAUGCCAAUCCGCUGUGGGAGUACAUGAAGAGCGAGAAGCCGGGGUUGAUGGGCAUGAAGCGCGUGAAGUGGAACUUUGAGAAGUUCCUGAUUAGCAGGGAGGGGAAGGUUGUCGAGAGGUGGGCAAGCACGAAGAAGCCCGAGACUUUGGAGGGUGAUGUUCUCAAGGAGAUUGCGAAGAAGGCGGCUGAGCCAGUGAAGUCGGAGCUGUAAGCUGUGAGGAUGGAACUUGAGGAGGGUGGAGAAGGGCUGGCGGCAGCCUACGAAAUGGUCAAUUGAGUUGGUGCUGUGGAUGGCUAGAACGGCCGAGCGGUGCAGUCUCGUUAUGCACCCUGUGGCAGACUGAACUGUACUGUACAAGUACGAAAUGCAGCUCCAAACCGUAUUUUCUACUAUCACCAUCGCCAUCGCAAUCUACGUCUGUGAGUACUUCAUUUGCGAGCUCGUUUAGGGAGUGGAAGGGGAUUAUGUGGUAGCGAAGAUACCAUGGCCGGCGAUUCUAUUAUUCGGCCUCUUUAGCUGGACGGACACGAGCAUUUAUAGUAGGUAUCUUGUCGCAACGACACCGAAGAACAGCUGGAUUUCUAAAGUUCCCGAAUUACAUACUAUAGAUAUGGUCAUAU